CAUAUCCAUAAAUUUUACAAUAAACACUUCCACAAAGUAUCCCAAAGCCGUAUGCGAAAUCGACUCCGCCUUCAUUUAUUUCAUUCGGCGCUGCCACGUACGUGAUGUACUCGGGAUAGGUUAUACUCUGGUUCCCCAAAUUUCCCAUAAUUACACAUCUUCGCGUGUGAAAUAAAAAAAUGUCCGGGAACAAGGACAGCGGAUCGGGUCCACCGAAAAAAGUUAAGCCACUGCCACCGCUGGUAAACUUCCUCAACGCCGGCUUAUCGGGAAUGUGCGCGACGUGUUUCGUGCACCCGAUGGACGUUUUGAAGAACCGCAUGCAAAUGAGCAAGGAGGGCGUCACCAUAACCCAGACGAUAUCCACGAUUUUUCGCAACGAGGGCAUCUUCAAAUUCUACGCGGGCCUCAGCGCUGGUCUCGUGCGCCAGGCCACUUACACCACAGCGAGGUUGGGGAUCUACAAUCAGCUGCAGGACAUCUACAGGGAACGGUACUCCGAGGAGAAGCCGACUUUCGCGAGGCUGGCCUUGAUGGCGGCGACAGCCGGUUCCAUGGGUGCCUUCGUCGGCACACCUGCCGAAGUGGCUCUGGUGCGCAUGACGUCGGACGGCAGGUUACCGCCCGAACAAAGGAGAAAUUACAAGAGCGUCGUGGACGCGUUCGCGCGAAUCGUCAGGGAGGAGGGAGUGUCGACCCUGUGGCGCGGAAGUGUCGCCACGAUGGGCAGGGCCGCCAUAGUCAACGUCUCCCAACUGGCCACCUACAGCCAGGCCAAGAUUAUCAUCGCUUCCGAGUUGGACGUACCGGAAGGCGUCCAGCUGCACUUCUACGCGUCGAUGCUGUCGGGCGUGAUAACGGCCUUCAACUCGAUGCCGUUCGACAUCACGAAAACGCGGAUCCAGAACCGCAAGAGCACCGACGGCAAGCUGCCGGGGAUGUUCGGCGUGAUGUUCGACAUCGCCAGGACCGAGGGCUUCAGGGCUCUGUGGAAGGGAUUCUGGCCGACCUACUGCAGGAUCGGACCCCACACGGUCAUCACUUUUAUGUUUAACGAGCAGUUCGCUCGGCUUUACAGGUUGUACUUUAUGCAGUGACGCGUUCUCGUUUUGGUAAAUUUUGUCCCGAGUUGUGUAUUACGUGCACGUUACGCAUUAAACGAUAAAAGUUA